CAGGCAAUGGAACUAGCAGUACAAACCAAAACGUCCACUACAGACACGCAGGAACGGAACAACCAAUGUUCAUGAUCCAAACUUGUAAUUUAUGUGACCCGGUUGUUCUCUUCUACUUCUACAUACAUACCUCUACAUACCUCUACAGAAAACAAUUGCUCGCCACCAUUCCCGAUUAAUACCUCCCGUAAUUCACCAAUUUGAAAACGAGGAGGUCUAUCUUCAUCACCACCACGGUUAAUUAAAACAAAGAAAAAAAAAACCAGUUUUCUUCUUGAUACCCCCCCACGCUACUUUUCCAUCUUUGUAGCGAAACCGUCAUCAGCCCAUAUUUUCAAAUCGUCAUCCACCACAUCUUAACCACAUCUUAACUUGACAACAAAACGCGCGUAUUACGCGAAACUUAACAUCACAUCCGUUGCAAUUGAUAUCUUCUAGCUUAACAUAUACGAAGAUAAACAAGCAAUCAUGUCGCAACAACAGACAGCUCCUACGCUCAUCAAUAUCCCUCCCCCACCAUCUAACCCAGACACUCCAAGCGAUAUGCCCGGUACCCCCACCAGCACAACUACAUCACUCUCAGCCCUAUCAACCAUCGCUAUCAAGGAUGGUCACCGAGGCAACGCCUAUGGUCUCGGAGGUCCCCGAGGUCACCAACACCAAUCAUCCACGAACAGCCUCGAAGCCGAACGCGCAGAUCGCAUCAGUCGCCUUGCAGGCCUCGAGCGCGUAUCUACCCUACGCCCCCCGAACCAGCAGCAGCACGGUGGCGGCCCUAACCCCACCCAGACAACCCCCACAGCCACCGCGCCACAGGCAAACGCCCUUACGCCCGCGUACUUCGAUUCGAACGGGCAGCCGACGGCGAUGACCAAGAUGAGCACGGUGGGCACUGCGUCUGCGACGGGUAGUGUCGGGGCGCGGACGACCACGGAGGCGGGCGACCGGUUUGGCGAGGAAGACGAAGACGAGAUGGACGCGGAACUGACGGAGGUCGAUGAUGACGGUGAUGGUAUUAGCAUGGAUGUGGAUAGUACGUCUGGCGCUAUAGAUGAGGACAUGGCGAGCCGUUCGGUCAGCGGCUUUGAAGACCGCAUGAGCGACGAUGGCACCGCGAGUCUCGUCGGCUUUGGCGAGGGCGCAAAUAGCACCGUUAGUGGCCCUAUUUAUCACAGGAGGCCGCUGCCUGGCGCGGCGGGGAUCUGGGGUCUUGAACGUAGUAGCUCGGGACUGAGCCAGGAGGCUGUUACGGCUACGGCUCGGGCUCGAGAGAUACGCGACGUGAUCGCGAGCGAUACCCCGGUUAGUGCGACGACCGCGGCUGAGACACGGCAGGCGAAGUAUGUGGAUGGCGUUGCUGUAGAUGGCGGCGGACACGUCGGUACAUCUGAUGACGAUGUGUUUGUCGAUACUACGACGCGCGGACCUAUACCCGUUCAGCCGGGCCAGCCGCGGACAAGCGCUCUUAGAGAAGGCGUAGGUGGUCCCGCGACACGAGAGGCGGCGGAGCGUAUCGUGCGAGACCGUCUCGACGGCGGCGAAGGCGGACGCGCUCCUAUUCUAGGGAACUCGAAGGACGGGGAUAAGCUAGGAAAGUUCUACUUUGAGGAGAAGAAGUAAGGUUAAAGGUCAAGGCGGUUUUAGUCUUGUUACGUUACCUAUCAUGAGGGCUGGAUUCUCUGGUUUUGUUCUAUUGCUCUGUAUGUCUUGUUAUCACUACUUAUGCUAUGGAGUUCUGUCGGCGUAUUACAGGGAAAAUCACCGAAUCGACCUAAGACGGGAUGGUGGGAAGUAGAGGAUGGAUCAACUUUCACUGGUUGUCUCGCGGAGGAGACAUGCACACUACAAGUGAGUGUGUACUAGACUGAGGAGGAGGAAAAGGUAAAGAUGGGUGGAUGAAUUGUCUUGAUUAGGGCUAAGACCCAUAUGUUGUAUGUUAUUUAAGUGUUUACUACAUACUACAGGCGCGUAGUUACGUCUUCAACGCAGAUUUACUUUUCGAUAUUUUUUCAGGGUCAACCAUCUUAUA